UCCCACCGUCCUCGUCCUGCUCCUCAUCAUCCUCCUCCUCCUCCUCCUCCUCCGUCGUCAUGGCAGCGCUCAUCAAAGAGAUCGUCAGCAGAAAUAAAAGAAGGUACCAGGAGGACGGCUUCGACCUGGACCUCACUUACAUCUACCCCAACAUCAUUGCCAUGGGCUUCCCUGCCGAGCGUCUGGAGGGCGUCUACAGGAACAACAUCGACGACGUCGUGCGAUUUCUAGAUGUAAAACACAAGAGUCACUACAAGAUUUACAACCUGUGCGCGGAGCGCCAUUACGACACGUCCAAGUUCAACUGUCAAGUGGCCGAGUACCCGUUCGAGGACCACAACCCACCGCAGCUGGAGCUGAUCAAGCCGUUCUGCGAGGACCUGGACGCGUGGCUGAGCCGAGACGAGCAGCACGUGGCCGCCAUCCACUGCAAGGCGGGAAAAGGCCGCACAGGCGUCAUGAUUUGCGCCUACCUGCUGCACCGCGGCAAGUUCCGCGAGGCCCGGGAAGCACUCGACUUCUACGGGGAAGUCCGCACGCGAGACAAGAAGGGCGUGACCAUCCCCAGCCAGCGUCGCUACGUGUGUUACUACAACACGCUGCUGAGGAGCAGACUUCACUACUCCCCCGUCGCGCUACUCUUCCACAAGAUGCUGUUCGAAACCAUUCCCAUGUUCACCGGGGGAACCUGCAAUCCUCUGUUUGUCAUCUACCAGCUGAAGGUGAAGAUCCACACGUCCAACCCGGCGUACACGCGUCGCGAAGACAAGCUGAUGACAUUCGAGUUCCCGCAGCCGCUUCCCGUGUGCGGAGACAUCAAGGUGGAGUUCUUCCACAAGCAGAACAAAAUGAUGAAAAAGGACAAGAUGUUCCACUUCUGGGUCAACACGUUCUUCAUUCCCGGGCCGGACGACGAACCGGAGAAGCUGGAGAACGGCCAAAGUGGAACUUUGCGAGAAGCCGACAGAACUCAGCAGAACCAGGCGCAAGGCGGGGACGACGACUUCCUGGUUCUGACUUUGAUGAAGAACGACCUGGACAAGGCCAACAAGGACAAAGCCAACCGUAACUUUUCACCCAACUUUAAGGUCAAGCUGUUCUUCACCAAGACGACGGAGGAAGGCGGCAGCUGUGAGGCGAGCAGCACGUCGGUGACGCCAGACGUCAGCGACAACGAACCCGAUCACUACCGCUACUCGGACACCACCGACUCGGACCCCGACAACGAGACGCUCGACGACGACGAGCGCCAUCACAUCACCGAGGUGUGAGCGGCCCGACGCAGCCGUCAGAAGACCGCCGCGUCCCUUGCGACCCCCGCGGGCGGCGGUCCCGUUAGGACUCGAGCGAACGGCCGCGGAGAGAAAAGCUUAACUGAAGAAAUCAUUCCUUCCACUUCCUGGCACGUUCCGUCGAACACUGGCAGCACGCCGCACGGGCACAGCAGUCACCGUGAGCGGAGCCGGAACUUCCUGCGUGUUUGUGGAGCACGGGUCAGACAGCGGCCACGAUCUCAGGUUCGGUCCGGAAAACGUGUCCGAGUGGAACGUCGUCGGUUUCGGUUUGUCUCUUUGUUUUCCAAAGACAUCACUGGUAAGUGAAUAAAGCAAAUAUUUAUAACGUA